AUGUCUCCCAACGUUUAUCGUCUUCAGCUACAUCUUAAAGGCCAACAAUUUGUUUCUUUUAAGAGCAAUGCAAAUAUAAAUAUGAUUGUGAACAAUCCGAUGAUUAGAAAAACGAUGUUAACAGAAUUCUUCUAUAUGAACAAAAUUGACAAAUAUGCUAUAGAACUCAAUUUAUUGUACAAAGAAUUCCCGGAACAUUUUGAGUGGUCAUCCAAUGAGAAAUUUUGGGCACGCAGACAAAAAUGUUGUGCUGUUGGACACGUUGUCACAAUUCAUCCCACAGAAGGAGAACGAUAUUAUCUUAGAUUACUACUAAUGCAAGUACGAGGACCGACAUCGUAUGCAGAUCUUCUGACAGUGAAUGGAGAGCCUUGUAGCACCUUCAGAGAAUCUGUGGAGAAAAGAGGAUUGUUACACUGUGAUAACAGUUUAAUAGAGUGUAUGUAUGAAGUUGCAGAUUAUCAGAUGCCAUAUAGUUUAAGGUGUUUAUUUGCUACAUUAUUGGUCUAUUGCAGUCCCGCCAACCCAAGAAAAUUAUGGGAACAAUUUGAAGAAUCGAUGACCGGAGACUAUAAAGUGUUGCAAACUACUGAAAGAAGGGAAAUUCGAUAUCAAGCUUUAAAUCAUAUAAACAACAUUUUACAUUACAUGGGUCAUGAUGUAAAUGAAUAUGAACUCAUCCCAGAAAAUAUCAGGUCUUCUGCUGUAGCAAAAGAGGCAAAAGUUGUUCAUUUUGAAAGAUCUAUUACUGUCAGCGAAUAUGAUACAUACUGCACAUUCCGUUUUAAAAUUCCUAUUGACCUUGAUGAAAAUACAAGUUGUAACAAUAGCAAGGAGAGCUCGCUUGCAGGUCUAAUCCGAGAUGCAAAAUUGAUUGUGUGGGAUGAGGUAUCUAUGGCCAAAAAAAGAAUGUUAGAAGUUCUUGAUCAUUUGUUAAAAGAUCUGAUGGAUACAAGUGCAUUAUUUGGUGGCAAAGUUGUAGUUUUAGGAGUUGAUUUCAGACAAACUCUUCCUUUUGUGCGAUAUGGGAAAAAGGAAGAUUUCAUUGCCGAAAGCUUGUUAUAUUCUAGCAUUUGGAACGAACUUGAAAAAUUGCAGUUAUUUGAGAAUAUGAGAGAGAAAACAGAUCUUGCGUUUUGUGAUUAUCUACUAAGAAUUGGAAAUGGACAAGAACAAGCCAGCUCAACAAACAAAAUUGAAAUUCUAGAGUCUUUGAUUAUCCCUUACACAACUGAAAGAGAAUCGCUAGAUAAGCUAUUAGCAGCAACAUAUUCAAAUUUGAAUUCACCAUACUCUAAUCCAUCUCCCACAGAUUCCUGUAUGAUCUUGACAACAAAAAAUUAUUUUAUCAAUGAACUUAAUGACAUGCUUAUCGAUCGAUUUACAGGAAAGUCAAAAACAUUUAUUGGCACUGACGAGGCUCUUGAAUUUAACAAUCAGACACAAUUUAAAGAUCUGCUGCACACUUUAAAUCCUGCAGCGGGAAAUGCAACCGCACCUGCCCAGCCAGCAGCAGUACCAGUUCCACCAGGAGCUGCAGCUGCUCAGGGUUCUGUUCAGCGGCCUACGCUGGACCGUGCUUGCUUCGAGUGUGGUGAGAUAGGUCAUAUUAAGAGGUAUUGCCCCAGACUUAGACAGAGUGGGCAGGGAACUCAGUAUCAGACUUCCCAAGCUUCAUUUGCACUAGAUCGAGGGGGUAAAGAUUACACACUGGAAAAGAAGGUGAUUGCUUAUGGUUCUCAACAGUUGAAGGUGCAUGAGAAGAACUAUCCUACUCAUGAUCUAAAGUUGGCAGUGGUGGUGUUUACAUUGAAAAUCUGGAGGCACUAG